AUGUCUAUGCAACAGGUUCCCAACAACUUCAACGCCGAGGAGGCUGACAACCUCGAGGAUGUAAGCCCUCGAUCCAUAGACAUUCAUUCCCCAGAUCACAGAAGCAGUGUACUGACUCCUCUGCUGCCACGGUCAGAUCGAGAAGCAGUUCGCGGUCAAGGGCACAAACAAGCUGACUCGCUCCCGUCCGCAGUCGUCCAGCAUAUGGAAACAUACUGGAAAAUCCUUGAGAAGGUCAAGGGCUCUUCGCUACGCCUGACCAAGAUCGACGACGAGAUCUACGAGCACCUCCAGACGGACUUUCCCGAGUUCGACCCCGCCGCGACCAUCAACGAGGAUGAGAUGAAGAGCAAGAACGGCAAGGAGCGCUGGAGGAAGUUCAUGAUGGCCUACGAGAAGAGGGUUGACGACUACAACUUCGGCACAAUGGUUCGCUCCAAGCCCGACGUCGAGUAUGGCCAGCACGAUGUCAUCUUCGUGCCCCGCAUGCAGUUCUACGCCAUUGAGAUUGCCAGAAACCGCAAGGGUCUGAACGACUGGAUCUACGAGAAGGCCCAAGCAGGCAAGGCCUAA